AUGACUAUCAUGCCAACCGUAGGAGAAGGUGAUGCCAACAACAAUUCAAUCGACGAGGAACAAUAUGGUAAUCCGGAUAAAUUGUCAGAAGACGAACGUGAGCAAAUCAAGGAACAAUUUGACACUGCUUUUUCUGCUGGUGCAGAGAAGGCAGAAGGAUUAGUCGAAACUGAGUAAUUUUUAUUGUUUCUAAGGUUCACAAACUGCUAGGAGUCUGCGAUUGCUCUAAAAUUAACUUUCUUAGGGCAAAAUUUACAUUCUUCCGAGCACAAACCUCCAGCUCUCUUUUUCUCUAAUUAGCUCAAAAUGUUUUUCAAUGAAAAUUAAAGUUCAUAAUAUAAGGCAGAUUCUAACAGUUAGAACCAUUUUUUGUUUCUUUUUGUUCUUUUUCAAUAAAUUUUGUGAAAAAAAUGUGUUUUUGAUUUGAAAAAAGUCUGGGAAAUGAUCAAAAAUGGUGAAAAAUUGGUGGGAAAAAGUUGAAAAAUUGACCAAAAAAUGGUGAAAAAUUUUUUGGUGCAUUUUUUUGGUCAAUUUUUGUUCAAAAUUUUUUUUUGACCAAAAAUUGACCAAUUUUUGGUCAAACUCCCAGGACCAGUGCAAUAUGUCGCAACGCUUUUUCUCGAAUUUAACAGUAGUUUUGCAAGAUUUAUGUGUAUAAAUGCAAAUUUCAGCAUGACAUGUUGGUGGUGGAUUUCGAGCUUUUGAUAUUUUUCUACUGAUUACACUAGUGACGGCCCAAUAGCAUAUCUUCCAUUGAUUUUUUGUCGCUGAUCCAAGUUUUCAAUACAUUAUUUUUGUUAUCCAAGUUUUUCACCAUUUCUUUCAUCUUACUCUUUGUGUGGCUCAACUUUUCGAAUUCAAUGUCUGUCAAAUUAUCUUCUUUCGCGGCGAGAGUUAGCAAGAAAACAAAAAUAUCGAUCCAGCUAAUCCCAUCAAGAUAUGAAGUGAAGGGACAAUUACAUGUGAUAAUUUCACUAGUUUGAAGAUAAUCACGGAGCCAAUUUGUACUGAAUUAGCACCAGUCAAAGCAUCAUUAGCAUAUGAUUGUACUGUUCGAAGGAUAGCAUCACCAUUAUAA